AAUUUGUUGACAGUUGCUGUGUUUCAAGCAUUGUUCAAAAGUCAAUCUCUGUUUCUGUUUCACAGAAUUCAGUUUUCGCCGAAGUUUGAUCAAAUUCGAAUUCUAUUAGAAAUGGUAUUCUGCAUGGGUUUAUUGCAGUGUAUGUUAACAUGUUUACGCAAGCAAGGUUAGCCCCUUGUACUGUCGAUGCGAUGAACUAUUCAGCACCACCAUUGGAUUAUUCAUUUCGCUCUCUUACGGCUUUUUCAGAUGCCCUAGAAGAAGAGCCAAGGCCUUGUUUGCGAAGCAUCCUGAGAGAAGGUGGUGACAAGAAAUAUAAAACAAAUGCAGUACGUUUGAAUAACAACGCUCUGUCAAAUUAUAAUGACUUCCAAGAAACACUUGAAGCACUUCUUGUUAAUCCGUCUCACCUUUCGUGGUUGGAUUUGUCAUUCAACAACUUGACAACGAUCGAUAAGGGAAUACUGCAGUUCUCCGAGUUAAAGGUUUUCAACUUACAUGGCAACGGGAUUGAAAAAUUGACUGACAUCGAUAAACUUGCUUCUCUACAAAAGCUAAGAUCUCUUACUGUUCAUGGAAAUCCUGUGGAGGACUCAAAAGGAUACCGACAAUAUAUCAUAAGCAAAAUACCUCAGCUUGAAAAAUUGGAUUUUUCCAAAAUAACGAAAGCUGAUCGAGAAACUGCCAAAACAUUGCUAAAAUUUUGUUCAAAAAACAAGAACAUCGCUUAAACUUUGACAUUUAUAUUAAUGUUUUUCUCACUUUUGAUCUUGAUGACGAGAUAAAGUCAUUGACAAAGCGUGUUUACUUUUAUAUUGCAUCGUUUAAUAAUUCAUAUAUAAUAUUGUUGGUGAAAAACAACCGUAGUGAUGGCUGCAAAAAUCUUGUUUAUAAUUCGCUUUCUUAAUGCAGCAUUAUUAUUUAGAGGAGAAUUAAUUGUCGGCACAAUACCAUUGUUUUCUCCAUACAUUUCUCGAUUUAUGUACUUUGGUUUAAAUAAAAUGCGUUGGACUUCUCUAAGAUCAUUCAA